AUGGGUUCAUCUUCAUCGAAGCCAGUCAUUUCCGGAAACAAGGAAUUAAUUGAAGAAGAAAGACGUUUAGAAGAAGCCAAGUCUCGCAUUAAGAAACAUGGUUCAAUUGAUGUUGAUGAUUUCAUUCAAGAUAUUGAUGAUGUUGAUAUGAUUCAUCAAAUCGAGUCAUGGAUAAAUAAGGAAAUACAUAUUGCAAUAACUGGAGAAUCUGGAACAAGAAAGUCAUCUUUUAUCAACGCUGUGAGAGGACUUAAAGGUUACGAUGCUGGUGCAGCACCAGUUGGAACUACAGAAACAACAAAGAAACCCACUCCAUAUUCACACCCAAACUAUAAAAACAUCAUUUUCUGGGAUUUACCUGGCAUUGGAACACCUACAUUCCCCAAUCUUGAAACAUACUGUAAAGAAAUUGGUGAUCUGGAGAAGUACGAUAUAUUCCUUAUUUUUUGUAAAUCACGAUUCACUCAACAUGACAAAGAGUUGGCUGAAAAAGUUUCAAAACUUAGCAAACCAUUCUUUUUUGUUCGCACCAACGUUGACACCGAACUCAAGAAUGCGGAGGAUGACAAAGGAUCAAAUUUUGAUAAAGCAUCCGUCAUGAAAGGUAUGAGGGAAAAUUGUUUGGAAAACUUGGAAGAUCUGGUCGACAAUGAAAAAUUCUUGUUCUUGAUCGACAACAAGGUUCUUCGAGAGGACUGUGAUUUUGAUCGUUUGAUUCGAUCUAUUACUUCAGAGUUACCAGCAUAUAAACGAGAAUGCUUCAUUCUUUCUUUGAGUAAUGUGACUCGUGAAAGCAUUCAACGAAAGGCCAAGCUAUUGAAAGUUCGAGCAACUGUAAUGACUGGUGUUGCAGCUUGUGUGAGCAUUGUUCCUUAUCAUGGAGUUGUACGUGGUUUCAACAUAACUUCGGUUUUAGAAGAAAUGACUUACUACGAGAACAAAUUCGGUCUUUCUGGUAAAGUAACUGACAAAUUUAAGGUGUUAGACGAAGAAGCAUCUGCUCUCUUUUCUUGGGAUAUGAAUUCUGAACAAAAAUUUCCGAUGUUGUCAGCCUCGUUAUCGUACUUUAAUGUUCAUAAUUUUCUUUCAAACUACAUUAAUGAUUUGGAAAAAGUUGCUCUUGACAUUUGGGAUGCAACAGUUAAAAGUUGCAGUAAAUGACCAGAACGCACGGUGCUUGUUUGCCUAAAAAAUUUUAUUUAUCCUUAAACAACUACACUUUAUUUUAUACUUGAUGGUAGAAAAAAUGGCUACAGCAGGUGAUUUUGUUAAAAAAGUCAACUCUAAUUUAGAAUUGUUUGAAAUAGCUAAUAGUCGAUUGGGUAAUAUUAUUUUUAACACUCGUUUCA